AUGAGCCAAGAAAACACCCCCGACGGCCCCUUUACGCCUACUGUGGAGCCCACUAGAUUGUUCAGAAGCCCUGUGGUUAAGCUUAGUUCAAAGAAGGCCCAUGAGUUGGAAGAAAUGCAGGAAUGCAACCUCGAAAAGCUAGUUGAAUACGUCCGUGCCGCAAUCGAGAAACCAUUCUGUUUUGACCUUAUCAACAAACCUGGACGCAGAACAACUUGCACAUGUCUACAGGAUCUCGGAGAACAGAUUGACGAUGAAGAGGUAGAGGCCUGUGCCAAGUCGCUGUUCCUUUUCUGCAAGCUGGAUUAUGCUGAAAGAAAGCGAAUGGUCAAGGAAUGGAUUCGUUCUGGCUUGGCGGCACAGCUGAUGUUUCAAGGAAUGCAGAGGGAAACUACAACCCGAGUGUUCCUUCUACCUGGUUCAACAACAAGAUUGAUUUGCAGGAAUGCGCUGUGCCAGUUCAUUGGCUAUGGACAGAAGUCUUGGAAGGGUGUUGUCAAGUUGGUUAAAUCAGGGGAGGAUCCUGUUCAUGGCUUAAAGAACAAAGUCGGCAACAAACUUAACAGCAAGUCGAUGGAUCUCUUCCAUGUUUUCUUCACUUCAAUGAAAGAACACGCCCUUCCCCGUGCAACCAAGAUUGUCAGGACAGAAAUGGUGGAUGGUGUUAACACUUUGGUUGAGCUUAGGGAAGAAGAGAAAGACAUUGUGGAAUUGCCAUCGUCCAUGACCAAGCGUGGGCUGUACAACCGGUUCAUAGCAAACCAAGGAUGGAAGAUCAAAUGGGACAACAAAGGCCGUCUGUUGAAAAAGACAGAGAUUCCGGACACAGAACAGAAAGUCACGGCUUCUCAGUUGCCAUCGUGGAGUUCUUUUCGUCGCUUUUGGAAGUCGGAAUAUCCCAAGCUGGUUAUUCAAAGACCAAGCGCUGAUAUCUGUGAUCAAUGCUACGUCUUUGCCAACAAACACAAGUACUGCGAACACUACAGUCCAAGCGAACUAAACAGGAACAACAAAAAGAAGGGCAAGCACCAGGAAGAAGAGGAGGACAGAAUCUGA